CGCCCCCGCCCCCGCCCCUUCGGGCCCCUCGGCUGCCCCUUUGGCCCCAUGGGGCUUGAGCCCCUCCGGGCGGGGCCCUGCCGCCGCUGCAGCGCCAACCGGGUGAGGCGGAAAUUCCGCCGCCUCGAGCUCCACCUCUGGCUCGCGGUCGCCUUCGCCUUUGCCGCCGCCUACUGCGCCCUCCCCGCCGCCGCCAACCGCCCGCCCAAGUUCAUCAUCGACGGACAGACCGAGAUCGUUCUUCGACUAAAAGAAGGAGAAGAGACACCAGUUGGGAGUUUAAUUUACAGGUUAAGAGGAGUUGACCCGGAUAAUGACCAACUGACCUUCGGGGUCAAGGAUCCCAGCAGCAAAGAGGUUUUGCGAAUCGAAAACUUGGGCACAAACGAAGCCAACGUUUAUCUAAACAAGGAAUUGGACCGCGAGGUGCAAGACGAGUACGCGGUGGUUCUGACCCUGACUGACGGGCGGCUAGGCGAGGGUAAUUUCAUCACUCAGAGUUUACUGCUUCUGGUCGAAGAUGUGAAUGAUAACGAGCCGAUCUUCAAGCCUUAUCAGUCGACGAUAUCCGUGCGGGAGGAUGCGCCCCCGGGCGUUCUCACCACCGUCGAAGCCACUGACGCUGACGAGGGCCCUUACGGACAGGUUGUUUAUCAUAUUCAAGAAUUGGAUGGAGAAGAUCACUUAUUCUCCGUGUCGACAGUCAAUGGCAAAGGAGUCAUCCGUCUGGUGGGUCAGCUGGACUACGAACGAAAAUUUCUCCAUCAGCUAAGGGUUCUUGCUGUUGACCGUUCAAAUAAUGACCGCGUCAAUACAGGGACUGCAGCAAUUCUUGUGAAAGUUCAAGACGUUGAGGAUCAGCCACCCGAAUUCGUAGUUGUCGUGCCUGUUACCAGAGUCAGUGAAGAUGUCAAAAUCGGCACCUCUAUUUCCCAAGUGAAAGCUGUUGAUGGUGAUCGAGGAGUGAACAACCGUAUCUCGUAUGCGAUCACAAGUGGAGGUCAGGGAAUAUUUGAUAUCAAUUCAAUGAGUGGAGCUGUCUUCACAAUUCAGAAGCUUGAUCGUGAAAGUGCCAAUAGUAACAAUGGGGCUUAUAUUCUGGAAAUCACUGCAAGAGAAGAGUCUCAUGAAGUUUUCCCAGCUCCCGAAGUCAAAACUGAAAUAACUGUCAUAGUAACUGACGUUAAUGAUGAAGUGCCAACCUUUCGCAGCGCACGAUACGUCGCUGAAAUCAACGAAAAUGCCCAAGUGAACACUGCUGUUUCUUUCAUUGGUCCUGUCAUACCACAAGUCUUCGACUAUGACCAGGGAAACAACGGAACGUUCAUGAUGUUCAUAGACGGGAACCAAGAUACUUUCGAAGUAACUCCACCCAAAGGCAUAAAUGAAGCAUCAUUUCUAAUACGGGUGAAAAACCCCACAAAAUUAGAUUAUGAAGAAAUUAAAGUUAUGAAUUUUACUCUAGUCGCAAAAGAAACAGUGCCAAAAUUUGCUAAGUUUAGUGUAGUACCUAUUACAAUUCACAUUCGGGACAUGAACGAUAACUUUCCAGAAUUCAGUAAGCCUUUGUAUGAGGUUUAUGUUCCUGAAAAUUCUGCCGCUGGAAGAACUCUAGCAUGGAUCUCAGCUCACGAUGAAGACUCGGGUGAGUUUGGCACCAAAGGCAUUCGAUAUACUUCAAUAGGAGGCAGUAUUGCAGACACGUUAGCCCUAGACCCUUUGACUGGUGUGAUAACAAUAAAAACUGCAGGGCCUGCGUUUGACCGGGAGCAGAUUGCCAGGCAUUAUCUGACUGUGGAGGCGAGAGAUGAUUUAGGAAGGGGAAAUAGGAACACUGUUCAAAUUAUAGUCAACGUGAAUGAUGUAAAUGAUAAUGCUCCAAGAUUUUACUACCAGAAAUAUGAAGCUCGUUUACUUGAAAACCAAGAUGAUUUUGAUGUUCCGCUAAAAAUUGAAGCAUACGAUUUAGAUUUGAACGGCACGGAUAACAGCCGAAUCACAUACACCAUCGUGAAAACAAAUACACCUGUUGCCAACUUUACAAUAGACCCAGCAACCGGAACCUUUAAACCAGUCAAAGCAAUCGACUUUGAAGAACUUGCCGCUUUUCAAGAUGAUGAAUCCAUCAAGCCAGUUCGAGCAGUCCAAGUCCUAGUCCGAGCUACAGAUCACGGUUCUCCACCACUGAGCUCAGAUGUUGUCGUUACGGUUUACAUCCAAGACACCAAUGAUCAUGCACCCGUUUUUGACCGCAGCUCCUACGGUGCAGCUAUUCCUGAAGAUCUUGCAAGCGGAACAUCAGUUUUACAAGUCCAAGCCAAAGACAGUGAUGGCUCUUCUCCAAACAAUGUGAUUGUGUUCCGAAUUCAAAAUGGGGCUAGCGAUAAGUUUGUUGUCGAUGCUUCAACAGGCGUCAUCAGUGUUGCAAAAGGGGCCUCGCUAGAUCCUGAUAGCACAGACCCAAAAACAAAGGAGUAUACACUGACCAUCGUUGCUCUGGAUGGUGGAAUUGGCUCUGAGCAACGUCAAACAACAGUCCAAGCGCAUAUUUCUAUAGAAGAUGUGAACAACAAACCCCCAGUUAUCUUAGAUCCUGGAGCCAUAACUGUGCGAGAAAAUACUCAGGUGGGCACAUUCAUUCAUCGGAUUGUUGCCAUAGAUCCAGAUGAGAAGCCUGUUCUUCGAUACCAUAUAGAUCCUGAAAAUUCUGAAGCUCGAAGUGAAGAAGGCACCAUCGUCAAAGGUUCUGAAUUUGAUUUUAUAAAUGCAUUUCACCUCAACCCAUUGGAUGGUUUACUUCGAGUUGUGCGGCUACUCGACCGAGAGAAAGUUGAAAAUAUUCGUCUGGCGAUUCAUGUUGAAGACCUGGCAGCAACAAGAGGCAAACAAACAGCAGCAGCCAUAAUCAAUAUUGUUGUGGAGGAUGAAAACGACAACAGCCCUGCGUUCAAGAAACCAUUCUACCGACGGUCAAUUCCUGAAAACAGUCAACAAGGAACACCUAUCGUUAGCGUCCUAGCGACUGACCCUGAUAAGAACCGAACUAUCAAGUAUGGUCUUGAAGGCUCCGCAGCAGUACGAGAUCUGAUUCACUUAGACACAGAAACAGGGGAGCUCGUAGUGGGUGGGAAGGUAGAUAGAGAAGCGACACCGUGGUUGAACAUGAGUGUCAAAGCAACGGAUAAUGGUGUGCCUCCUCGCUCCAGUUUUGUCGAUGUUUUCGUCCAAGUUCUGGACGAAAACGAUAACAAUCCUUAUUUUGUUGACACCACUGGUCUCCUCAAUAUUCCAGAAAAUACACCGAUUGGUACGGAGGUAGCUUCGAUUGAAGCUAGAGACGCUGAUGUCGGUGACUAUGGGAGGAUCACUUAUCUCCUAGACAGAAUAUCAUCUCAUGGAAAAUUUGCCAUCGACCCAAAUACAGGUAUAUUAACGGUAGCUGAUAAGUUGGACCGUGAACAAACAUCGUCGUAUAAUCUUAUCGUUGAAGCGUGGGAUAAUUAUCAAUUUGGAUACGCAAGCGGAGAAAGCCGAAAUGCAUUCAAACAACUAGCUGUCUCGAUCAUUGAUGAAAAUGACAAUGCUCCGGAAUUCGACUCUAUCCCUGAUGGAUGCAUUUCAGUCACAGAGUUCCAUGAUAUUGGAGAACCUGUUUUUAUUCUUAAAGGAUCCGACAAAGAUGAUCCUAGUACUUUGAAUGGUCGCAUCAAUUUUGCCAUUCUCUCCGGAAAUGAGCAAGGAUUAUUUGGUUUGGAGAAAGUAGAUCAGUUCACAAGCAAAAUCAUGAGCCGCAGUUCAUUGAAAGGUCGCUAUGGCAACUAUACGCUGGUCAUCCGUAUCCAAGAUUUGGGCACUCCAUCUAACGUCGCAAUGACUGAUCUGAAAAUCUGUGUCUCGGACUUCAAUGACCAUGCACCGCGGUUUGUGUCCCCAUCGCACAACAUCACAAUCCGCAUACCAGAGAAUGCAACUGAAGGCAGCUCUGUGAUAAGAGUAGAGGCGACAGAUGAUGAUGUUGGGCUUAACGCUGAAGUGCGGUAUCGAUUGAAGCACGAUCUGUCAGGCGACUAUCGGACCUUUUCCAUAAACGACACCACAGGCCAAAUCACACUGAGACUGCAGUUGAACCGAGAGAAACAGAAGAUAUACCAGAUCAGAGUUGAGGCAUAUGAUUUGGGUUUGCCAACUCCACUGACUGCAGAUCUGGAUUUGGUUGUCUACGUUCGCAGUGUGAACGAUCAUCAGCCGCAGUUCUUGAUUGAUGAAUUUACUAUCAAUUUUACUGAGCAUGAGAAACCUGGUUCAGAACGAGUUAAACUUGUAGACACAGUGGACAGGGAUCGGGAUGAAAUGGAUGAAGUGGCAGCAGCCUCGAUGCCGAUCUGUUACUACAUUGUAGCCGGAAACGAUGACGGAUAUUUCAACCUUGAGCCUCUAAGUCAUCAAAUUACGGUUGUGCGAGAACUAGACAGGGAAGUGGCUGACUCCCACGUUCUGAUAAUCAAAGCUCUGGAGGACUGUACCCACGCACCGAUGAAGAAGGUGGAAUUCUUUGACCCUCAUGAUGAUACAACCCUGAGAGUUGUGAUAAAUGUCCUUGAUAUCAACGAUAACCCUCCGAAAUUCAUCUCUCCUGUUUUUACUGGUGGGAUAACCACAGAGACAGACUUCGGAACAGAGUUUAUGCAGGUUCAGGCUAUUGAUUUAGACAGCGGUUUAAAUGCAAAAAUUGAAUAUAGUUUGCAUGGUGGAGUUGAAAUGACCUUAACGGAAGGGCUUGACAUUGUUCCGCAAAUGACUCCGUUUUUGGUUGACCCUACAACUGGAGGCGUUGUUUUGAAUUUUGAUCCGCAAAAAGGAAUGAAGGGAUACUUUGAUUUCACGGUUGCAGCAACAGACAUUAGUGGCUUAAAAGACACAGCUCAAGUUUUCAUCUAUCUUCUCCGCGAGGAUCAGCGAGUCAGAUUUGUACUUCGGCAGCAACCCUCCGAACUGAGGGAUAAAAUUCACAUUUUCAGAGAAGUUCUGGGCAAUGUCACUGGAGCGAUUGUUAAUGUUGACGAGUACAAAAUUCAUGAAACUUCAGAUGGAAGAGUGGACAAAACUCGCUCUGAUAUGUACCUGCAUUUUGUUAGCCGCAAGGAUAACUCCGUCCUUGAGGUUGAACAAGUUCUCCACUUAAUUGAUCUCAACAUCGAAAAGUUGGACUCCUUAUUUAAGGAUUUCAAUGUUCUGGACACGCAAGCGGCAGAACUGGUGAGAACUGCUGGAACAUCAGAUAAUGUUGCAACGGUUUGGCUGAUAGGAACCACUAUAUUUUUAAGUUUAUUGCUCCUAGUCAUUGUAUGUCUUUGCCUUGCUCAGCGCGCACGCUAUCGGAGGCAACUCAAGGCUGCAACCGUCACUGCAUUUAGUUCUACUGAUUCGGACAUGACAAGAGUGACGAACACAGGUCGAGUUCCUAACACAAACAAACACAGUGUAGAAGGCUCCAACCCGAUAUGGAUGCAAGCAUAUGAAAAUGAAUGGUACAAAGAAGACGACUCUGGGAGCCAAGCAUCAGAACGAGACUCAUUAGACGAGAACAUUGUGAGCGUUGUCAAUCACGAUGUUGACACCGGUGGAUCGUCUUGCAACAGCCGGUCAAACAUUAUUCAAGUCCGUGAUUCAGUCAGUAUUAAGGAUCAAAACGACCUCAACACCAAAAGUAGCAGUCUCUACCACCAGAAUCUGUACCAUCAUCUAGAGAAACUUGGCAACCCGUUGAUAACGAAAAAGCUUGAAACAACGGAAUUAUAGCAAUCAACCAAGCCUCGGGAUACAAGUGAAGAUUUUGUGCAGAUAACGACUGUCUGUAAAGCUGAUGAUCAAUCUGUUGCUUAGACUCCUUGAAUCUCUUCCAUAGAAAAUGAUGAAAGAACCAGAGAUGCAAAAUGAAAUUUCAUUUUCCAUAAAAUUUCAAUGUUUUUUCAGAGGCUGCAUCCGAGACUUUAAGAAGAAACUUCGGAAUUUGACUUUUUCAAAAUGUCAAAAUUAAGAUUUUACUGUUUUAUACGUUUCAUGGUAUAUUGAAUCCAUUGUAGAAGUUUUAAAAAAUUCACGAAAUUUCAUGAAGUAUGAAAUUUUAUUUGAUUAAGUUUAAAUUUUGCGUCUCUAGUUGUAACCAUUCAUAACAAACCAAAUGCAAAUACACUGAAA